CCAGCCUGGAGCCAAGCAUAGCACAGCUGCCCGGACGACCAGCGGCAAACAUCACUGACUGUCUGACUGCACCGUUAAAUACCAACCGCGAGUCGCUGUUUCUGGACAAAAAAGACAAAUAAGCAAGAAAGCGAGCCGGUGAAAUUGAAUUAAGCCAAAGCGUAUCUGUUCCCUCUAUAAUUUGGUCCUGACCAAGUGGGCAUUGUUCUACAAAUGGAUAAUGGAGACUGGGGCCAUAGGAUGAGUACUCCUGUUACCUUGAACGUAGGAGGCCACCUGUACACCACCAGUGUAUCCACCCUGCAGCGCUAUCCAGACUCCAUGCUGGGUGCCAUGUUCCGGGGAGAUUUCCCCACAACUCGCGAUUCCCAAGGGAAUUAUUUCAUUGAUCGCGAUGGGACACUGUUCCGGUACAUCCUGAACUUCCUGCGGACGUCUGAGCUGACCCUCCCCUUGGACUUCACAGAGACAGACCUCCUUAGGAAAGAGGCGGACUUCUACCAGAUCGAACCUUUGAUUCAGUGCCUUAACGAUCCCAAGCCACUGUACCCUCCCGACAUCUUCGAGCAAGUCGUGGAGCUCUCCAGCACUCGGAAACUGUCAAAAUAUUCAAACCCAGUCGCCGUUAUCAUCACCCAGCUAACCAUAACUACGAAGGUUCACGGCCUGCUGGAAGGUAUUUCUAACAACUUCACCAAGUGGAACAAACACAUGAUGGACACCAGAGACUGCCAGGUGUCAUUCACCUUUGGACCUUGUGACUAUCACCAAGAGGUGUCCCUAAGGGUUCACCUCAUGGACUAUAUCAUGAAACAAGGCUUCACCAUCCGCAACACACGUGUGCAUCACAUGAGUGAGCGUGCAAACGAGAACACAGUGGAGCAUCACUGGACUUUCUGUAGACCAGCUCACAAGGUUGAAGACUAAGUUACAGCAGUCAUUGUGGGUGACAUUACUGUUUGAUAUGUCUUCAUGUUACACAAGAUAAAAAAAGAACACAUUUUGACCUGUUUCAGUAAUGUGAAUGAUUUUGUUUUCUUAUUUUGAUCAACGUGGUACAGUGGCACAAGACUUAAAGUCCAGACAGAUAGCAUAAACACAAUGAAAAUGUGAAUUCUUGAUUUAUUCACCUGUAAGUGCAAGAGCACUUUCUUAUCUGUGCUACCACUACAUAUUUGACAUUUCUUGAAUAAUUAAUACUCCAUUGGGGUUAAGUCCUAUAAAACAAAAACAGCAUUUCUUAUGAAGCAGAAAGAUCCUAUAGCAUUGAUUUUUAUUAUGAUUGUAUGUAUUUAGAGACACAAGUAUACCCCAAAUGAUGCUAACAAUGUGGGUAAAUUGAUUUUAAUAGAAAUAAUUGUAAUUUAAUGUGGUUCCAAUACCUGUAUGUUUUUUCCCGAAGUAUGUAAUAAAGUGAUAGUAAAACUGUAGCCAUGAUUUGAGACUCUAUGCCUACAUACAGUAUCAAAUCUAUGUCUAAACAUGCAUUAAUGUGCAUUUAGAUCAAAAGAGAAAAGAAAGGUGAUUGUAAAAAUGUUUGUACCUCAGACGCAAGCUGUCUUGGUCAUGUAUUGGACUAAAUACUAAGAACUGUUUUGGAUCCAGAGUUGUCAGGAGUGAACCUUUUUUUAAAUAAUAAAUUAUGGUUAUCUUUAGCCCAAUUUACAGUAGAUCUUAAAAUGAAUCUCUUAGCUCUCUUAUCUCCUUGUAUAGUACUAUUUCUGAAGGCCCUAGUCAUCUUGCAUGUGUCUGAGUGUCUUGUGUUUGUAUUUGUGUGCUUGCAGUAUUGUGUCGUACUGUUACAGUUUAGAGCUCAUAUCAGCAGUAAUGUGUUUGGUCAGUCUAGCCAAAAUAAACCCAUCUGUGUAUUUGUCA